UACCACGUGAUAGUAACGGUCCCGCCUACUUUUACUGCAAAUCCAGUUUGCAGAAACUGAAACUUGGAAAGAAAGGCCAUUAAAAGGGAUUGAUAUUGCCCCAGGUCUUCAACAUGGCGGCUAGAGAGAGUGAUUGGGCCUUUGACGAGUUUACUUAUGAUGAAAAAACAAGAGAUUUAGCUGGUCAAAAAGAGUUAGAGAAAUAUGAGCAGUUUUUGAAAGAGUACUCAGAGCAGCUGAACGGGAUUGAAGAAGCUCUGGACGAUACUCUCGGAGACCUUUGGGACUUUACACUUGACCCAGUCGGACUACAGACGACUCCUUACGAAACUGCAGCACUGAAGGAUCUCAUUAGAACCGAUCACAAGAUCCUAAACAAGGUUGUCACGAUCUUCUCAUCUCUGUGCUCUGAGAUUACUGAGCACAAGCAAAAGGCUGUGACCAAGUUUUAUAUUCCACUGCUGAUGUAUGGAGAAGGAGGGAAGGAAGAUUUAGGAGAACAAGAUGGGGAGAGCCAGCUAAUGAUUGGCCAUAGCAUAGCGAUGCUUCAGGAUUUAACACUUUUUAUCAACCGGAUUAAUGUUUUAGUGAGAGAUAUAAUAUUACAACUAGCAUCACUUUAUAGUGCUGAAAAUACCAUGAAAGUCAUCAAUGCUACUGGCAUUCAUCUUCAAACUGUCUUUGAACAUUUAGCUGACGCCCUGGCAAUACUGAUAACCCUGGACAGCAUAUUUGAUCAUAAUGUGGUACUUAGGGAUCACUGGACCUUGUACAAGAGAGUUUUAACGUCGAUACGAGGAGCGCCACAGGAAUACGACAUCGAAGAACCAAAGCUAAGACAAUUGGAGAAGUUACUCGGAACCAUUGAAGGGAAACUGAUGGAUGGAAUGAUAUUCAAAACUUGUGUACAACAGAUAUUUGAUAUCGAUGUUACUCAGAAUCAGCAGCUUCAUGGCGAGUUUUUAUACUGCAUGGGAGAGAUGUAUCAACACAUUGACUUAAGAUUAGUUGAGUCAAGAGAGAAGGAUUCAAGGCAGCAAGUAAUGGGUCUCUGUGGCCUAUUGGUGUUUCAUCAUCGGCUGUUUAAUGUACAAGAAAAGAAACUAGCCAAACUAGUCUGGGACUGGUACAAGAAAAUUCCAGCUAUCCAUGUUGUUGGAAACCUGCUGUUCUUCCAUACUGACUUCCUUCGUUAUAAUUUAGAGUACAUGCCAAGGAUAUUGGAUAAGAAAUCAGUAGCAGCUGUUGAGAAUGCAAGGGACCAAUGGCUGACUUCAUCUGGACAAAAUAUAACAAGGAUGGCUCAUCAGUUUUAUGUCUCUGUGUCCAGUUGGAUGAUCAAAAUGGAGUCAGAAUUACCAGCUAAACAUUUGGCAGCUGCAAUCACUCAAGAGGCUGCCCUACUCAUUGAAGGGAUGCUAAUGGCUUUCACUAUUAGUAACUUCAUGGGAACUUUGUUGAACCUUCAUUAUGUGCUCCGUCGUCCUAUGACCAAGUCAGGUGUACUUGCCGUCUGUCGUAUGGCCGAGUUAUUGAAGUCGAUACAAGCCACGUAUCACCGAUCCUCACUAAAGAUGAUAGAGUAUAUCUCACUCUCUGUUAAUGAAUAUGAGAUCUUGAUACUUGAUGCCCUGGAGAGAAUGACGAAAACUGUUCAAGAUACUCAGCAAAAGAAAUAUUCUGAGAGAUCUCUGGAUGUACUGGCAGCUCUGUCCCUUAUGAAAAUGGUCAUAAACGGCCCCGCCACUAAAGAGAGGAGGCUCGUCUCAAAGAUAGUCUAUCCUUUCUUUGCAUUGCAGAGGCAGUUUUUAAGAGAAGAUGAAAAAUUCGUUGGCCUCUUGAGGAAACUUGACGCAAUUUCAGAACUUCAAAUGAAAAUACAGCAAGCCUGUGACUGCUCUUUUCUUUAUUGGCACAAAGAAGCUAUAGUUCCUUUAUACUUCACUUAUAUUUUUCACAAUCCGUCAGAAGCUCAUCGCUUACAUUACAUGUUUUCCACGAUGAGCGAUUCAGUACCAAUCAUCAAGUGGUGCCGCCAUCUUGAGUCGAAGGACCAGCUCCUCACGAUAUUUGAGGAUGACAUAUAUGGUCAUUUGAAAGAGAAAAUUCUUGAUCCUUUAUGUAAAGCUGUAGAGGAGGACCUCAGGCUUAGUAUUCAUCUUCACCUUAAACUGGACGACAGGAAUCCUUUCAAAGUGGGCGGAGUCAGAGAUCUGAAGCACCUUCUCUGUAUAAAGCCUGUUAGGUUUUUUGACAGAAUGAUUGACUUUAAAGCUUAUGUGACCAAUUACCUUGAUCUGACAUUUUACGAGCUGAACACCGUCUCUCUCUCUGACUGGAAGACUUAUGGUGACAUGAGAAAACUUGCAGAGCAGAAGUAUGGCCUUGUGAUGCUUGAGCCUCACCUCCCUAGCGCUACACUGGAGCAGGGACUGGAUGUGCUUGAAAUAAUGAGAAACAUACAUCUCUUUGUCUCUGGCUAUUGCUACAAUUUGAACAAUCAGAUUUUUGUACAGAGAAGCUCCAACAACAAACAUUUAAACACAAUUAACAUACAGCACAUAGCAAACUCCAUUAGGACUCAUGGCACGGGUAUCAUGAACACUACGGUUAACUUCACCUAUCAAUAUCUUAGAAAGAAAUUUUAUAUUUUCUCUCAGUUUAUGUAUGAUGAACACAUCAAAGCACGUUUAUUGAAAGAAAUACGGUAUUACAGGGAGCAUCAGUUUGACCCAGAAGUUGAUCAGAAAUAUCCUUUCUCACGGGCGGAGCACUUCAAUCGUGUUAUACGUAAGCUAGGCUUGAAUCAGGAAGGACUCAGCUACCUUGAUCAGUUUAGGACUCUAAUUAUUCAAUUAGGGAAUGCAAUGGGGUACAUCAGGAUGAUCAGGUCAGGGGGUCUCCAUUGCUGUAGCUCUGCCAUCCGGUUUAUCCCUGACUUGGAAGAUAUUGUCAUUUUCGACGAUCUUAGCAAAGACACUCAAGUCUCUCAAGACAUCAAAACUUCAGCAAAGAUUCUAGAUGAUGUCAUUGGUAAUUUAGCAAGGAAUUUUGCAGAGGGGACUGAAUAUUUCAAGCUACUUGUUGAUGUGUUUUCAUCUGUUUUUCGAGAUCCAAAGAAUCGACAUUUGCAAAACUUUUACAUGAUAGUUCCGCCACUGACCCUCAAUUAUGUUGAGUACAUUAUUCAAGCGAAGGAUAAAAUGAAUCGGAAAAAUGCCAAAGGUUCUGCCUUUACUGAUGAUGGUUUUGCUAUGGGUGUGGCUUAUAUAUUGAAGCUGGUCGAUCAGUAUCAUGCAUUUGAUUCAUUGCACUGGUUUGACUCUGUCAAACUUAAAUAUAGGACAGAAAUGCGUGAGUUGGCCCAGUCCAGUGUUAGAGGUAAAGGAGAUGAAAAGUUACAGCAGACGAUGCAGCUGUCACAGAAAAGACUUGAAGCUUACAUGAGGGAAUUUGAUCUGUUAGACUAUUCAUUGUUGAGUGCGAGGAUAUUCUUUAGAGCUGAUCUCACAGCUAAAGAGGAGCAACAGGAUGCUCCAGCUGCUCCAACGAGUGAAGAGAAACCAUCAGAAGGACCCCCUCCUCCUUCCAGUGGAGGGGACAGUGGCCCACCACCCCCUCCUGACCCUCCUCCACCUGGGGGUGCUCCACCUCCCCCUCCACCACCUCCUCCCCCACCACCUCCCCCUCCUCCUCCUCCUCCUCCUCCAAUGUAGAAGAAAUUCCUCAUACGAUAUGUGGACUCUGUGUAUUUCUAUAAUUUGUGGCGCUGUGUGUUUGUGUGUAAAAUUUUGUACUUUUUUGGCUACUAUGAUAAUUUAUAACUUUAUUUAA